GGUGAGGUUUUCUGAGUGUGAAAUACAGCUCGUUGUCCGUAAAGCGGGUUUUAUUUUGAAAGUUUCGACCGGAUAUGUCAUUCCUUGCUCGGUGCUGGCUAGCAUGAUCCUUGUGUGUUCUGGACAAGGGGGUGCAUGGGGGAAACAUGGCCGCCGUAGACCCAUCGGAGUCUCCGAAACGACAGAAAUCCCCUGCGGAGGAGGUGGAAACAUCUGGGGAGAAGAAAGAGGCGGAGGAGUCGGGAUGCAGCGUAAAUCAGAAAGAUGAAACAACACCCAAUAAAACGGUGGAGAGCCCCGACUGUGAGCGGAGAGCCGAUGCUGGCAACGACGGCGGUUGUAUUGCCAGCCAUUCCGAGGUUAGUGUCGAGUCCGGUGCUGGAACCGACAAAACGACAUGCAAUUCACCGGACGACCUGACAUCGGCUGAAAAAAUGGCCGAGGCUCCUGGGAGCGACCAGCGGGCGUUCGACUGGUCCGAAACUGAAGACGACGACGAGGAGGCGAAAACACACAAGCGGGAAAAUGACAAGUGUGACAACAGUGAUGUUACACAGAGUGCUGAAAAGGUGCAGCAGGCUGUUGAUAACAUCACAGCUGCAGCAGAGGACACUCAGGAGGAGGAAAACUCACGUUCAGAGAAGAAGAGCACGGAGAGGGAGCAGGCUGAGGUGCUGCUGGGCGAAGUUGACAGGGUAGAGGACGUGGUCGAAGAUGAUGAAGUCAAAGAGCAGGACGCUGAUUUGACAGUGAAGCCAAAAAAGUGCCGCCUGGUGUGCAAGGAGUGCGGGAAGACCUUCAACCGCCGCGAGACGUUCAACCUUCACCGGCACUUUCACGCACACGAGGAUGAGCUCACGCCCCUCACCUGUAAAGAAUGCGGCCUUACUUUUCAGCACCGCAGCAGCCUCAUUAAACACAGGAAUGAACAUAAAGAGAAGGAGGAGCAACAGCUCCUUACUCCAAAGAGGGAGAUUGAAACGCCGGAGGACGGUCGUUUUCAGUGUGCAGAAUGUGAGACGAUCUUCUCCACAGUGGAUAAGCUAAGGGACCACAACUGCUCCAACACAGUAGAUAAGCCUUACCACUGCCCCCUGUGCCGACAAGAGUUCCAGUUUAAGGUGUCUGUCACAAAGCACAUGAUGCACCACUCCCAGGAGAGCAGCUUCACAUGCCAAGAAUGCAGUCAGACUUUCCCAAACACCAUGGCUCUGCACUUCCACCAGCGAUGUCACACCGCCCUGAAACCCUACAAAUGCCCCGAGUGCGGCAUGGUUUUCAAACACUACUCCGUCAUGGAGGACCACCGCCGCAAGCACACGGACAGCACACGCUCCCACCUGUGCAACAUCUGUGGCAAGACCUUCAAGUAUAGCAGCCUCCUCCAUCAGCAUCAGUAUCUGCACACCGGUCAGAAGCCCUUCCGCUGCCCCGAAUGCGGUAAAAAAUUUGCCUUCGCUCAGAACAUGAAGGCACACUGCCGCCAGCACAGACUGCGUGAAACCAAUUCGUCAGCUGAGCAGCCCAGCAAGCAAGCCCCCCAGGCCGCACAGGAGGAAGUCAAGGAGCCAGGAAAAGAGAACACACAACAGAGUGAGGAUCUGAAACGCACAUUCAAAUGCCCACUUUGUCCCCAGACCUACUGGGCACCAGCUAACCUGAGAGCCCACAUGCUUAUUCAUGAGGCUGAGUAUGAGAUACACGACAAGACAGCCAAACCCCCUGGUGAGAUUAACAAGUACUGGGAGAAAGGACACUCCUGUCCCCACUGCCCAUGUGUUUAUCGCGAGGAAUCCAGUUUAAAUGUGCAUCUGUUAAGUGUCCACAAGUCUGUAGCACAAUAUCCAGAAAAGGUGACAGUGCCACCGCCAACGCCACCCAAGACACAGUUCACUCCGUUAACCAGUGAUAAUGUGCAGGGGAAAUGGAGAAGUGAUAGCUUGAGUGUGAAGUCAUACAAGUGUUCUGAGUGUGGGAAAACUUUCCGCCACCGCUCAGUGUUAGAGCUGCAUAUGCGCAUACAUUCCAAGGACAAGCCUUACCAGUGCAAAGUGUGUGGCAAGGGCUUUAGAUUCAGUAGCUACUUACAACAGCAUCUCAUCAUACAUACAGGCAAGAAGCCAUACAAAUGCCCCGACUGUGGGAAGGACUUUGCCUUCCUGCAGAACAUGAGAACGCAUCAAAAGCUGCAUCAGGAAAAACCGUUUCGCUGCACCAGCUGCCGUAAAGGCUACAGCGAUGAAACCCAACUGCAGCACCAUAUGUUAUCACACAAUGGCGACAAGCCUCAUAAGUGUGACCUGUGUGAUAAAAGCUUUGGUUUAGCAUAUCUGCUCCGUGACCACAUGAACACACACACAGGAGAGAGGCCUCAUCGCUGCGAUGAGUGUGACAAAACCUUUUCCUGGUUUAGCAGUCUGCUAGUGCACCAGAAGAUCCACGCUCGCAAGCGUCAGAAUUUCAGCCAGUAUAAUUCUUUCCCGAUGGGUGCUAGGAUGAGGGGCAGGGGCAGUCGGGGGAGGAGAGGGGGGAGGCCUAUGUGGGGCUUUUCGAGACUGUCAGGAAGCUCAGGGAUGGUUAGCUCUCAGCCGUCACCGUAUCCAAUUUCUGCACUGAGAGAUGCUGAGUUGCACAGAAGGGCAGUCCAGUCACAGUCUUCCAUGUUGUCAUCCCGCAUGGAUUUACAAGGCAGACAGCAGAAGGACCCGUGGCUGUCUGAGCUACACCCCCAACCAGUGCAGUGGAAGGUGGACGGUGGAGAGGUAAUGCCUGUCCCAUCGUCACAGCAGCAACACGUAGGGCCACAGCAGACACUUUUUGACAGCCCACCACAGUUGGGCCUGCAGCAGCACCAUCUGAGAAGUCCAAGCUGGGCAGACGGCCCUUCAAUAACUCAGUCAGGUUCCACAUCUGCUCAGAAUUCAGAUUCAUCACACAUGAAAGAGAGUGUCAACUCCCACCUGGCAGCUGUGCCAAAAAAGUCCAGCCCAUCGUCAGUGAGCGAGAUGGAGCAGCUCAGGCAACUCAAGCCUGUCACUUGGAGUAGUGCACCCACAUCCACCGUGCUUGCUUCCACAAGCUCCCUGCAUGAUUUCUGUAUUCCAUCCUAUGGAGAUGGAGCAGCUCUGUGGAGCAUCAGACCUGCUCUGCCAGCGAAUUCAAGGGGCUCUCCUAAUAAGCUUGGUCAGGAGCUGCAGAUGCCAAGAUGGUCAGGUGUCCCAGUGUCAACACAAAAGGAGCCAUCCACAUCCUCUAAGAAAGAGGACACUAGAGUGUGGGACAUGAGUAAUCCUCAAGUUAUACCGUCGACUGUUAGCCAGCCAGAGAAGCCAUGGAACGGCUGUGAUCUGCAAAAGCAGUGGGUUUCAGGCUUAGCAGGUGCAUCCACCUCGGCUCAAAUAGACCAAAGCAGUGCUAUGCCAAUUUCAACUCCUGUUUCUCUCGGGGUAGGUAGCACCUUGUGGGACAUACAGACACCAACAGGAAUCCCAAAGACUAUGAACUCUCCUGAGAAAUUAGUAAAUAAUCAAGAUUUUCAGCUGCAGCAGAAGCAGUUGUCAUCUGGCUGGGCCAGUCAGACAGCGACACAGAAGGUUCCUAUCUCCAUUCAAUACGAGCCGCAUCGUUUUGGCCAGGGGAUGGGUACGCCAGUAUGGGGCUUCCAAAAUGCUGUGGGUCAUCAAACGCUGCUCACUGGGCAACUCAAACCAGGGAAUGGACAGGAGCUGCAGCAACAACCAAUGGUAACAGGCACUCAAAUAAUCAUAAAUCAGCCUUCUCCUUUUUUCUCACCUCCACUUGCUCCGCUCCCUCCUCUUGCUUUGCCAGGCCCUCACCCUCUUCACUCUGUUGCAGUUGGUGCACUCUCAAGACCUCCACACCCAAAUAUUUUUUUCACACCACAGGCAGUCAUGAGCGAGAGGCCACACAUGCCACAGACCCUGCCCCUACCUCAGCUUGCCCCACGGACAGAACCUCACAAACUUGGACCCCGUUUGCCUUUUGCUCCAGAACGACUUCUCCAGUGCAUGAUAUGCGGGUGCUCUCUUCCUCGGGAGCUGGAUCUACAAAUGCAUUACUUACAACAUGCACAAGGAGAGAUUUGACAUUUCUACACUAGCGACUUAGUUACGUUUGUUAUAAUUUUUUCUUCCAGUGGAACCUCAUUUAUUUGACCCUCAGGUGUGCAGUUUAACAGCUGAGUCGAUGGGCAUUAGAAAUAAAAAGAUACAAGUGAAACUUGAUUUAGUAUGCACAUUUUAAAUCUUUCAGUUCCAAAAGUGACUGUUACAGAAGGUAAGAAGAUGUGCCAUUAAAUAACGUUCGUUGUCUUUUUAAAUGCAUUUAAGUUAUCCAAAUACUUAACUUGUUAAAACAACUUCUGAGGAGUGCAGAUUAAUGAGGUUCUGUGGCCUACAUUUCAUUUAUUGCCAAUUACCUUUAGAUUUAGAUAAUAUUAGUACUUUUAUAGUUCUGUUCAUAUGUCCUGAACCAUUUGAACUGUGUUUCUCCAUGUACAGUAUACUGUGUGCCUUUUAUGAGUACAGUCUGCAUGUCUGCUGUCUUGGUAUUCUAGGCCUAGUUUGUGCUUAAGAUAGACUCAACAAUGUGACCUCACUCCCAAAACACAGAGCAACUCUUUCUAAGAUACUGUAAAGACAUGUAAGGUUUUGCUUUUGAGGAGAGGAGGGGCGGGUUGUUGUUGUUUCCAUUGUAUGCUCUGAUGGGUUACGUGUGUCAGAGCAUACAUGUGACUACACACAUUUUGAACCCCCGUUAGGAAGCAUUUGUAUUCACAGGGCCACCAACUCGGUCCGAAAAUGUCAUGAGUCCAUGUCAUAACAGUUUUGUCAAAACAAAAGUAUUUGUAAACAAAAUGUGACAGUUACAUGUAAAGGUCAUUUCAUAGUGAGAGUUUUCUGUAAAUUUAACUCUUGCGAAAUUAUUGGGAAGAGUGAAAGUAGUGUCAUUACACAAUUAUUGAUGAUACUGUCGCCAAAUAGUAAAUUUUAUACUAAAUUCAUCUAUGAAUUAUGCUCCAAGUCAAGUCCAGUCACGUGUCAUGACUGAUAUACUCAAUAAUAAGAUUUUGAACUGAUUCUCUGUGGCACUAAUUAGCACCAACUGUAAACCGAUGUGUGCCGCAUGACGUGCAUAUUGUACCAGAAUAACUAUUUCAGAUUGGAAUGUACCCGUAUUAAUGAAAUUAUGUCCACUCUUGAGUACAAUUUAAUGUAUUUUUUGUGAAUACUGAAUGAUUUCAUUCCAUAACUGUAGAUUUAGCUAAGUAAAGAAUUUCAUCUCCUCCGUUAAGAUAAUGGGCAUUUAAGUAGCUUUGGUGGCCCAAUACUGUAAGUGACUGAAAACCUUCAUUACUGCUGUAAAAUAUACACACAGUCCAUUUGUAUGAAAAAAAAACCAACAAAACAAACAACAAAAAACGUCCCUGUUUGUCUUUAACAUUCAUUGUCUUAAGAUUCAAAAACACAUGUGCCCUUCUACCUCUAUCCACUGUUUUAGCAUGGAAAGAAAUAGAAAUUUCCCAUGAUGUCUACAUAUUGGAUUAAAUAAAACUUGCCUUUUGAUUAUA